AUCCCACUCAUCUUGUAACAAAAAGACAAGUAUAAGUAAACUAAAAGAAGAAAAAGAGUUGAUCGUUCAGAGGAAAAAGAAGGAGAGAAAAUGCAGACAGCAAAGGAUGCAGCAGCUUCAGCAAAGGCUGGCAUGGAGAAGACCAAAGCCACUGCUCAAGAAAAGGCGGAGAGAAUGACGACUAGAGAUCCAUUGAAGAAAGAGAUGGCAACAGACAAGAAAGAGGACAGGGUAGCAGCAGCAGAGAUGGAGAAGAGGAAUGAACAAGCACGCAAUGCAGCUGCAAAACAUGGUGGUACUACUACUACUGCUGGAGGAACUACCACUGGAACCACUACUGGUUAUGGCACCGGCACCACUGGUUAUGGCACAGGCACUGGCACUGGUACUGGCCCUAAUACCACAUAUUAGAACAAUAUAGCUAUGAGUGUUUUCAAAUUUUCAUUGUAUGUAUCUGGCGUUUUGUUUUGUGUAUGAAGAAGAGGGUUGUAGUCAUGAUCCCACUUGUAGGUGGAUGGUGGUGUUGGCUUUUAUGAUGAUGACACCAUAAUAAAUAAAGUAAACUCUCUUUGGUUUA